UUCUGAUCACCCGAUAUACAGCCUGUCUAACGUGGCUCACGCAUACAGCCGUACGGCGCUUGCGCGUUACCUUGGUAGCGGAGCGUGGCAGAACCAAUCAGAGCCAACAUGCGCAGACGAGACCAAAGUUCGUUCAUCCAUACUAGUACUCUCUCGUGAAAAAUUCUAGUAUACCAGUCUACUGAUCCUCAUGCAGAGUUUUAUAUGCCAACUCAACCCUUGAUAGCUUACAAGCCACAAAAAAUCGGACACCGUCAUAGGAAAAGUUAAUUAGACGCCUACAAAGAGAUGGUUCAGACCAGUUUAUAACGGUUUACAUCGGCUGCUUGAAAUUCUCUCGCAAGAAAGCAGACACGUGUGUGGAUUUAUAGAAGUUAAUUUCUUCUGAAAGUCUGUUGACAUUUGAAAGUGUUAGUAAAAGUGUACUUUUAUUUCAAUCGAAAAAUGUAUGUUUCUUCAAUAAUAUUCGGUACCAUUGGAAUUUUAUAUCCUUAUGUUAUUGCUGAAUUAAAUGAGCAAAGUAAUGUCACCAAUAGUGAAGUGAGUCGGAUUGAACAAGAACUAUUAUUUACUUCAUUGCUGAAGACAGAAGAAACGAAUCAAGAUGUUAUAGAACAAUAUACGUUCCCAAUUAAUAAUACUUAUAGAUCGCCUUUAAAUAGAAGAUGUCCUUUGUGCGAUAGCUCGGUCUAUCCAUAUUGCGGAGAAAAAUUAUUGCACGAUGCAUGUUGCUGUACGGAUUCCUAUAUUCAUGAUUUACCUCAUCAAUGUAAAUUGGCGGAUUGCCGAUUUCUGCACGCAAAUAGCUGUAAAGAACAUCGAUUGAUUGCUAUUUGUUGCUGCAAUGACGACUAUCGAACAUUAUUAAAAAAUUUAUCAAAGCAUUUAAAAUUAUAAUUGACGUAAAGGAAUACUGUAAAACAAGUCGACGCGAUAAUUAUAUACUAUCGGUUGUAUGUUAAUAUCAGGAAUUCUACUGCACGUGUAGAUGAAAAUUAAACGCAGUUGGAAAUAAGAUUGAUAAUUGUGUAACGCCUUUAACGUCAACCAAAUGCGGGACGCGGUUAUGAGUAAAUAACGAGUUAAUGAUAAUUAUAAUUAUACCAUUUUCUGUUACAAAAUAGGUCAUUAACGUUGCAAUAAAUAUGCUGUCCAAUUAUCUACUGUAAUUAGUCUUGAUACUGGUUGAUAAAAUAACGUUUUAAUAACUACAUAAAUAUGCAAUGAUAUUGUCUUCUUCUUCUCUCUUGUAUCACUGUGUUAUAUACCAUAAUUAAAUUUGAAAAUCUAUAGGAAAAUUCGAUACAAAAUAAUGAUCCUAUUGAGAAGAGUAGAUCUGUUAAUUACAUACCUACAUAAUAUACUUAUAAUUUCAUGAUAUUUGAAAUUAUUUAUUCUCUUUACUGUCAAACGUAAAUAAAACUAUUAUUCACAUUUGCCUCUUUUUUUAAUUUUGCACAUUUCUAAAAUCCUGAUAACCACAUAAUAAUUGCUGAACCUUAUGAGUUUAUUUUAAAUAAAUCUAGUGUGUUGUAUUUUAAUAAUAUUUAUGAGGAAUGUUACGAACACACCUGACUUUAAUGAAAUUUUAGAGAGAGAAAGAUGAUCAAUACAUAUUUUUUAUUAGCCAUUGUUCCAUUUCAACAAAAUGUAAGAGGCAUUAAAGUUAUAAGACUUUUAAACAACUCUGAAUAUAAAUUAUACAGGGUGUUUCAUUUUAAUCUUUACACUUGAAUAGUAAAUGCUUGCAGACAAAUUACCAGACAAACUUUAGAACAAGUGGAACUGUCAUUUAGAGAUAGAAUCCAGUGUUGCAUUAAUGUUCAAGGUCAUCCUUUUGAAUUUAGAAGAUAAGAAACAUUUUCUGUACGCGGAGUGUAAGAAAACUUCAAGCCAUUGAAAUGACCUUGAAUGACAUUUCAAGGUCAACAUAUUGUAGAUCAAUGGAUUCAUCUUGAACUCAGCUAUGUGUCUAACGUAAAAAAAACACAUUUCCAUUUAAAAAACCAAAGGUCACCUUCAAAUCUCGGAGGCGCCUCCAUGUAAAAACAAACAGUGUCCACCAUUGCAUGUAUCCCUUCGAAUAGAGUAUGUUUCGUUUAAACACUUUUUUCGAGAAAAUCGCGUGUAAAGAUUAAAACGAGACACCCUGUAUAGUUAUCUUACAAAUUUUCAAUUCAUAAUUGAUGUCUUUUCAAUAUUACUUCAAGUAUUUUUAGAAAAAUUUCUUCUAUUCAACAUAAUGAGAAACAUUUUGUAACACAUCCAGUCUGGGUUGACGUCACACCAGUUAUACCAAACUAGUCAAACCGGACGACGUCCUAGUGACAUUAUUUGAGCUGCCUCGCUCAACACGCAGUUUCGAUCAAAAUAUUGACCAACCAUUACAAUACACUUUUCAAACAUGAAAUUCUAGACUAGAAGAACAAUAUUUAGAGGCUAUACGGGAAAUUAAGAAAGAACCUGGAAGAUUCUAAAAAAGGGUUCUAUGGUUCAAUUUUCUAGGGGGAGAAAAGGCGUUCUCUUCCUCAUCUCGGGGAUAGCCUACCAGCCAGACUCGUCAGGGGGGGCUGACGAUAGACGAUCCUUGCCUCAAACUCUUAUAACACCCCUUUUCAGAACUCCUAUACAUAUAUCCGAAUCGCAUGUUGGGCGACCACCAGCGAGAACAGACUACAAUCCCGCCAUCUGUCGGUCUCCGACCCGAGCUAAGAGCGUCCAGGAAGACUCACCGCCCUCCCUUCUCGCUAAACGCUUACAAACUGCAACAUUUUGUCACUUGAUUUUCUCUGGGACGCCAAGGAAACUUUCGAUUUUUAUUCCGAGAUGAACGUGUUAAGAGCACAGACUCCGAAUCGAUCUAACAAUAAGCGCCGUUGUAAAUAAACAGGCAUUAGAAAAACAAAUAAUUGGUAAAUUGGACAUUUGACGAUUUGACACCUAACGUCAUUAUGCAGAGUAACAAAUAAAAAGUGAGAAGGCCUAGUUACCAAAUCUGUCAUGCUAUUGCCACAUCUAUUAUAAUUUUAUCCCUAGAGCCGAGUUUUUUUACGAGAAUAAAACAAUAUGUAUACUGAAGUGUGCAAGUGUGAGUCUUUUGUUCAUAUUUACAAUAUUUUUUUUAAUAACGAAAUUACAUAUAGAAUAUUUGAAAUGGUAUGUCGGAGAAAUGAAUUGUAAAAUUUACACGCACACACACACGCACGCACGCACGCACGCGCGCGCGCGCACACACACACACAGAUGCUAAAGUGUUACAAUUCCUUUAUUCCAUAACUAUUGAUGAUACAAAAAAUUGUUUAAAUAAAAGUUUUAUGGUACUGUUCUGUUCCAUCAAAUUCUGUGUUUCAAAUUGCAUGCAAAUCAUAGUUUAUGUUUUACAUCUUCUACAACUAAUAAAUUGUGAAAAAUCGAAUUUCCAUAUUAUGAUAGUUUCGGGAAGAGUGGUUUGGUGUGAUAUCAGUGAAAAUCAUUAAAUCGUCUAAUAUUUGCUAAAAUGUGACUGCGCUAGCCAUCUUGUUUGCUUACAUCGGCAUUUGUCUGAAGUUUACAGUUUCAAAAAUACCAUUUUUUUUUUAACGUAUGGUGACGGUUUAUUGAAGUUCAAAGGAACCAGACCAGCCUGUGGUGAAGUUUACCGAUCUGUGUUGUACUCGCGAAAACUUCAUUUAAUGUAAUUAUUAGGACGAAAAACAAAAAUUAUCAAAUCGAGUGUCUCUCUCGCAUCACGCAUAUAUAUACA